CUGUCUUACAACAUAAGUAAAGAGUCGUCUUAUAAGAGUAGACUACAGAGAAAUGCUGCCAAAUAACUGGAUGAGGAGCUGCAGAUUUAGAUAAAUAGGAAAUCUGAAUAGUCGUGUUUGGACGCGAUAGCAGCGAUAUUUCGUGGAUUGGAUUAAAUCAACUCUUUCUUGAAGUGGCUGCAUCACCCUGAAGGCUGGAGAGCUGACGGCAGUAUGGAUCUAAUCGCUUGGCUGGUGGUUCUCUUUCUGAGCAUUCAGUGCAGUGUCGGCCAGGUCAACACAGGCUGCCUGAAAUGGACUCAAAGGGGGAGCAACGUUUGCUGUGACAUCUGUCAUCCAGGAAACCGCCUAGUCAAGGACUGUGGUCCAGACCCAAGUAAGCUUUGUAAACCUUGUGAGCUCGGGACAUACACAGUGAAGCCUAAAGAAUACAGCUGUGUCACCUGUGCACAGUGUGUAGGUGCUCAAGUCCUUAUAAAGAAUUGCACUGCCACAACUGAUACCAAAUGUGGCUGUAAAGAAGGACUCACUUGUGGUAAUGCCCAGUGCUCCUUCUGUGUGGAGGAGUGUGCCAAAGGCUUUGAACCCACAGCUGAUCGUUCUUGCAGAAAAUGUCCAAAUGGAACCUUUAACGACAAAGUUCACCAAAAGUGCAAACCCUGGAGUGUCAAGUGCUCCAAUCCUAAUGAAGUGAUUGAAGCCAAGGGAGAUGCAUUUAAUGACAUUAAGUGCUUUCCAGUUUCAGUUCACCCUGUGAUCAGUACAAAAGCACCUGAUCACGCAAACCCAAUAUGGCCUGUUCUCCUUGGUCUAGUUGGCUUGGCUUUUGUCACCACCAUCACCAUCUUAAUUAUGAUGAUCCUUGUGAAAAAGCUCCAGAAAGGAAAGAAGAAAAAGACAAGUACAAAACCGCCCCCAAUUAGACCACCUACAGAUGAUCCCAGGACAUUAAUUGCAAUAGAGUGCAGUUUCCAUGAGGCUCAGCAAGAACAAGGCAGCACUUGCAGCAUAGAGUCACUGGAUUCCAAGGACUCUUCAGAGCAGCUGAUUGCAUGAAUGGAAGGAACUGGACUAGACAGCCACAUGAUAGAAGAUUUUUCCAAUCUGUUUUAAAAAAAAAAGACAGGGUUUCACAUCUAAAAUUGGAAUUACCUUUCAUCAUUCUGAACCAUAAGUUUGAACUAUGUUUUUUUUUUUAUACCAAGUCGCUUAGGUGUAAAUGAAAGAAUCCCACAAUUUCCAGUUGUCUGCACUGUAUGUUGUUUAGAAAAGCAUAAGCUACUGUAAAAAACAAACAAAACAACAACAAAACAAGCAAACAAAAUCCUAUAGGUCAGAUCAGAAGUAUUUUUUUUUCCUCAGUAUUAACACAGGACAAAAUUUUAGUGAUCAUCCAAUGACACAGCAAGUUUACACACAAAGGGGAAUUCUGAGAGGGGAAAAAAG